UUAGGGCUUAAAUAGAAUGGAGGGAGAAGCACGGCGGGAGAAGGACUCGAGGGAGAAGAAUCAGUGACUCACCCAUCGACUUCUCAUUCACACACAGAGAGACAGAGGAGGGGAGAGAACUGGUGCUGCGUGAGGGCUCUCCUCCAGUUUAUGAUUCUGAAGUUUCUUCUCUUGGAACCGUUUGUUGUUCCUGUCACUUCUUCUGGUGCUGCUCCGGCUCCUGCUCCGGCUCCGGCUCCGGCUCCAUCGCCAUGGGAGAAAGACAAAGUAGGGGAGACAACUCAGACCCACGAUAUCGCUCAUCUUCUUUGGGUUGGAUGUUCAUCUGAGAGAAUCGAAAGAAUCCCAUUCCCAUGUUUGUUCAUGGGUCUGCGUGAGUGCUCUGUUGGGAUCAACAAACCUUACCAUCGGUCAUCUUCUUCCCAUAACUUGAGGUGCAUAAUGUCGGUGGAUCCUCUCCAAUUGGACAUUAUACGAAGGAUCUCAGAAAAAAGAGCAAUGCAUGGUGAGAACAACCCACCUUCUAGGGCGUGGACAUAUUCUAGUAUGUCUGAAAAUUUGGAGGGUGAAUAUGAAUCUACUGAUAGUGGAGACGUUGGAGGGCAAGCCAUGGUUAGUAAUGUUGUAGAUGAUUCAGUAUUGUGAAUUGGAGCAUCCAUUGAUAAAGAUAUAUCAAGUACGGACAUUGUUCUAUAUGAUCAAUCCAAUCACGUUUCAGAGUUGAUCUGGAAGGGUGAGAAGAGACGUGUGCUACGGAGUAAUGAGCAUAGUCGAACGUCCACUGAGUAGAAGUUGAGUAAAGAGCAAAAGCGGUUAGUUGAGAUUGCUGGAUUCAAAUACUUACGCCUUAUAGGGCAUUUCCAAAUGGAUCGGUGUCUAUUGACAGCAUUGGUGGAUAGGUGGCGAAAUGAGACUAAUACAUUUCACAUGCCACAAUUUGAGAUGACUAUAACUUUGGAAAAUGUGGCAUAUAUUUUGGGUCUUAGAGUAAUCGGGAAGGCUGUUACUGGGAAAAUGUACAAGGAGGCUGAGGAUAUACUAGGCAUGGUACUUGGACAACAUCCCUCAAAUCCUACCAACACGAAGGCUCUACGGAGUGGUUGUGUGAAGCUGACAUGGUUGAGGAACCAAUUUUCCCAUCUGCAAAGCAAUGCUUCUGAAAUAGAUGUUAUUCGUGCUACCCGGGCAUAUUUGUUGCAUCUUCUUGGAACUACCAUAUUUGCUAACACAUCCGGAAAUAUGGUUAGUGUUUCAUAUCUACCAUUGCUUGCUGAUUUCGUUGAAUGUGCAGAAUAUGCAUGGGGCGCUGCUACUUUAGCUUUCUUGUAUAGGGCAUUGAUGCGUGCCUCAAGGAAGAACACUGCUAAUAUUGGAGGUUCAAUGACCCUAUUUACAGUAUGGGCUUAUGAGCGCCUAGGGGUUGGUAGACCAGAUGUUGUUCGCCUAUGUAGGCCUUUCCCCCGAUCUGUUAGAUGGAAAUGCCGGCGCAGAACUGACAACAUUCAUAAUUGCUAUAGACCGUAUCGGCAAGAGCUUGAUCAACUUAAGGAAUGCGAGGUCAAUUGGCAACCAUAUGCAACACUUGCGAGUGCUCCUCUUGUUGGUCUUAUAGGAUCAUAUAUAGGUCUGGCUCGCACAUGGUUGAUUCAUUUCAAUGUGGUUGAGAUGCAUCUCCCAGAUCGAUGUUUGCGUCAAUUUGGACUAGAACAAAAUGUGCCUCAAAGUGUCGCUAGAUGGCAACGUCACACGGUGGCUAGGCUAGGCAUAGAUUAUAAGGAUUUGUUUCAGCGAGAGGUGAGUGAGUGGACAUACUUCAAUGACUCCUUCGAAAUAGUUAAUGCUCCUCCAGAGUCGAACCCAGGAAUUACACAAUCAAAUUACCUUCAGUGGUAUCUAAGGGUCAGCCAUGUUAGGAUUCAUCCUCCUCAUGAAGUUGACGACCAACGUCCCAAUGAGUAUAGGUUGAAAGGUUAUGGAGAUAGUGAAGCAUUGGACUUGCGUCGUCUCAUCCAUCGGGUCACUACAAAGCUCCGACCUCUAUUGGAGCCACUUUUAAUUGACGAUGUAGGUGUGGAGAUCCACGAGUUGGUAGAUACAUUAGCCAAGGAAGGUUAUGAUGAUUCAUGUCCUAAUACAUUUGUGAAACACAUUGACAAUCCUCUCCCCACAACGGUCGAAGGUAUUUCUUCAACAACUGAAUUUGAAAAGUACAGUGGAUCUGAUGAAUCAGUCUCGAAUAGUGACAGUAGUACAUAUUCCACUCGUAGUCCGCAAGCACGUCCACAAUCAAUGGAUGAGAAUGUGGCAGUGUCUGUAGGCAAUGAUCAUUGCUUUCAACAUUCUAUUGUCCCCACUCAAAUUACAUCUGGUGAUGUUUCUAGUUCAGCUUUUGUGGAUACUAUUAACCACAUAGAUAUUGGGAACAUAGAAUCAGAUACCAGUCAAAUUAGGCAUGUUCAGAUUAAUGUGUCCUCUGGAGGUUCGUUGUCGAACUCAGUUGUGGAAUGUGAUGAUACAACAUUGCUUAUCCCUCCGUUGGAACAACAAAUUAUUUAUCCGUUGGGAGUGGGUUCAACUGAUACGGACAAAUCCCUGCAACAAACAGUCUCUACAGGGGCCACGACGGAUGUGAUAAAACAGUCGAUGGUUACACGAAAUGUGGCAAAGCAGCUUGUUGUACGUAAGAAGGCUCGGUGGAGAUACUAGUUUACCACGGUGGUUUUAUUUUUUUGUGAACGACUACAAAGUAGUGUUUUUUGUUUUGGAUUGACCUAAGAUGGCCAAUUAAAAAAUGUUGCAUCAUUUAGUGGUUAUAAAAAAAUGUGGUAUGGUCAACAAGAUAGUGUCUUUUAUUUUGGUUAUUUUUAUAUUAUGAUUCAUAAUGCCAACUGUUAUAACAUGUCAGACUAGACAAAAUUGAAACCUAGUUCAUUUUUUUUUUUUUAUUGUAUGUCUGGUGGUUUUAGAAACUAUGACUCUGUCAUUUGUAUGUCACGAAGGGUGAUACCUUAUUAUUUUAAUAUCUCAUGUUUAUUGAAACUACAUUAUAUCAUAAUUCUUCAAACUGUCUCUGGCUGGAUAGUUAAAUCCUUUGGAAAAAAUAUAUAUCUGAUGCUUAUGAGGGUGGUUGGUUCGGUAAAUCCUCAGGAUGACAUUCUUUAGAAUGAUAAUUUUAAUUUUUUGAGUUGUUUGGUUCCACUAUGAUGGCCCUCAUAAGAGAGGCACCUACUUCCAAUGAAUGACUAUAUUACAAAGGUGGAUGGAGACUUUUAGUUUAUGUCAACACUAAAACUCAGAUUUGAGCAACCAUCUUAACCCUUACUAUAAAAGGGGAAUGUGGGAAGACAUACUCUACGGAGGCCACUAAACCCACGCUAAUGUGAAGAAACUUCUCUGGUUGGAUACCCUCUCACACCGAGAGUCCAACGCCGGUGACUGGUAAGCUCUCUCUUUCUCUCUCUCUCACACACACACACACUUUCUUGUUUUCUCUGCCUACCGCUCUCUAUUUCGAUUUCAUGGAGUUGUAUCGUUAGGUUUUUAAAACCAAAAUCUACUGCUCUCUCUCUCGCUUUCAUUAUCUACGGCUCUCUAUUUUGUGUUCAUGGAGUUGUUAGGUUAGGUUUUUAAAACCAGAGUCUAUCGCUCUCUAUUUUGUGUCAUGAAGUUUAUUUUUAGGUUUGUUAACUCAAAACUUAUGUGCUCUGUUUAUGGAAAUGUAGCAGUGGCAAUCGAAGUGCUUGGGUUUGUUCUCUAGUUCGCCUGCCCUUCCACUAACUCUGCAAAAUUGGAUUUGGUAUUCGGAGUUGUAAGUGUCCAUCGAAGUGCUUCGGUUUAUUCUCUAGUUCGACUACCCUUCCACCAACUCUGCAAAAUUGGAUUUGGUAUUCGGAGUUGUAAGCACUAGUGAUCAAAGUGCUUGGAUUAGUUCUCUAGUUCACCUGCCCUCCCAUCGACUUUGCAAAAUUGGAUUUGGUAUUCACCUCCUCCUCUCUCUCUCUCUUUCUGGCUUUCUCUGAAUGUCGCUCUCUAUUUGGGGAAGAUGGGUCAAUUGGCUUUCUCUACCUUUCUCUGAACUAACCCAAGAAUUACUGGCCAGUUGCAUAUGUUCCCUUUAACCUUCUGCAUUUUGCCUUAAUCACAUGGCAACUUCACCAUCGCCUAUGUUUUGCUUCUAUAUUUUCUAUUGCUGGAUAUCGAGAAGUAUACCUGUUAACACUACGAAUACUUCCAUAUAGGCGGCGGCCUUCGCUGAGUGCUCUGUCGCUAGGGUUUCUGGAGCGAGAGGGGAAAUCUUUCGUACCACAACUGCACCUGAAACAGGAGUUUGAGAGACAGCUAGCUGCAAAAGAAGCUUCUCUUCCUCAGGAACCAGCUUCAGAUGAUGAUAAUGCUGUAACUCUUCUCGUUCGGAUGCCUGAUGUCUUUUUUUGACUUCAUUGAUGUGGGUAGGGCCGUUAAACCUGGUACCUACAAACUGGCCAAGUAUAUGCUUCUAUCAUUCCUGAUGCUACAGGUGCAGAAUCACCUCCCUUGACCAAGAAAUUAGUAGAAAAAGUUAGUGAUUUUUUUGAUCAAUACAUCGAGGCCAUGGAGAAGCAAGGAUUGAAGACUGCAAUGACGAUUUCUAGUGAAGGGAAUGCAUAUUUGCACGACAGCCAAUUCUGGAAUCUCUUUAAAAAUGAUCCAUCUUCUUGCAACAUCGUUAUGGGAACUUCAGCUGGACUAGUAUAUCUGCUUGCAGCUUUGUUAGAACCUUUCAUUCCAUCUUUCUCUGUUGAGGGAAAUAUUUGCUGGAAGUCAAGCUGAUUGGAUAGAGAAGGCAUAUGCUGCAAAGAAGGUUGCUGAGCAGCUGAAGAAAAAAAAAAUUUUCCCUAAAUAAUGCUAUUAUGUACUUGUAAAAAUAGUAACCUAGAAGCCUAAAUUUAUUUAAGUUCAUCCUAGAUAUCAGAUCUUACGUUGAUUAACAAUUAUCUGAUAAAUUUUCUAUAUGUGAGAAUACUUGUGGUGAGGGAACCUUUAUUUUGUUUUUGGGAGAACAUACCUUAUUUUGGAAACUUAAGUGUUGCUCCAAAAAUCAAUUUUGUGGGCCUUUUGGUUCAAUCUGUACAGGGAAUAGUUGGGUGUCCAUGAUUCAGGAGUGGGGGUCCUUAUAACAAAGGGAAAUUUUGCUUUCUUGUUCCUA